AUGGAAGGGACACAAGCAAAGAAAGUGACCUUUACAUCACAGGCGUAUGCGUUAUUAAUGAAAAAUUUAACCUUGUUAUUUAGAAAUAAAUGUGCAUUAUUUUGUCAAUUACUACCAUUAAUUGUUAUUAUUUUAUGUGGAAUUAUUGUAUUGAUUAUGAGAGCAGAUAGAGAACAAAGUAAAUUACCAUACAUAAUUUAUAAUACACCUGAAGAUGCUUGUUAUGAUGAUGGAUGGAAAAUGAUGAACCCACCAAGGGGAUGGUAUGCGGGUGAUUAUAUUGGUACUCAAGACCCAUCUCAAUGUUCAAGUAAUACUACAAUAUUAGAUUCUAUACCAAGAAUGAAAAAUAGUAGUGGGUGUUAUCCUAGUUAUCAAUUUCAAGAUAAAGGUGUUGAUGAUAUGAUGGUUCGAAUCAGACAAAUUCAAACUGAUUAUGAUGCAGCGCCAUAUGAUGGAUCUCAAACAAUUCCAGAAAGUGCAGUUAUUUUAGAAAACUUAAACACAAUAGGAAUGAAUAAGUCUAUUACAUUAAAAGUAUUGUAUUCAUUAUUUGUUAUGGAUGAAGAUCCAUUCAAAAGGUGUACUACAUUUGUAAUGCAAUGGUGGUCAAAUGCAUUAAUAAAUAAUGAAAAAGCAAAAAGUCAAUUAGUAAGGGGAAUAGGAGGAAUACCACCAGCAAAAAUUUAUGAUGUUAUGUAUGACUCAAUUUUAUUUUUUGUAUAUACACCAAUAGUUUUUUCAUUAUCAAUGCCACAAUGGUUAUAUAUUGUAGUUGAUGAUAAAUGUAAUAGAGUAAGGGAAAUGAUGAAAAUGUUAGGAAUGAAAAUGACACCAUAUUGGGUGCUUCAUAUUGUUUAUUUCUUUUGUAUAUUUUUGAUUCAAUUCAUAUUAUAUUGUUUAUUAGGAGUAUUAUUUGGUGUUACAUUUAUUUUAGAUGUAAAUUGGGGAUUAUUAUUAGGAGUUUUUGCUGGAUAUGGACUAUGUCAAGUAUGUAUUAUUCCAUUAUUAAAUUCUUUAUUUGAUGACAGUGCAAUAGCAUCAACAGUUGUAACAGUUGCGAUUGGAUUAAGUGUUGUUAUUGGAGAAUUUUUAGGAACAACAACAGCAACUAAUGGUGAAUGGUAUUGUAUUUAUCCACCAUUUGCAUUUGUUCAAGCAUUAGAAAGAAUGAAUAGUGAUUUAUUAAUAUUUAAAACUGUAAAUUAUCGUUCUAUUUAUUGGCCAGUAUUUGUAUCAUUAUAUGGAUGGCCACUAAUAUUACUUAUUAUUGGAUUAUAUUGUGAUAUGGUUCUUCCUAGAAAAUAUGGAACUCCUGAAAGUCCAUUAUUCUUCUUAAAAUGGCUGAAUAGGAAAAGAAAUAAUCUUGGAGAAUCAAAAAUUAAAAAUCCGAAAUCAGAAGAUAGUGAUGUACAAAAAGAAUAUAAAAAGUUUCAAAAAAGAGAGUGGAAUCCAAAAUCACCACUUAUUAUUAAUGGAUUAAUAAAAACAUUUAAACAAAUGGGAAAUACUCAAGUUGCAGUAAAUCAAUUAUGUCUUGAAGUUGGUAAUGAAACAUUUGGAUUAUUAGGUCAAAAUGGUGCAGGGAAGACUACUACUAUUUCAAUGUUAACAGGAUUAAUGGAACCAAAUGGAGGUUCUGCAACAGUGUGUGGAUAUAAUAUUCAUAACUCUAUGGAAGAUGUUCAUACUGUAGUAGGAGUUUGUCCACAAUUUGAUGUUUUAUGGCCUGAUUAA